AUGGCGUCACAACCUGGGGCCGCUGAAGUCCGGCGCCCACCAGCUCGCCCCCCUCGUCGUUCCAAAGCCCCUCGCGAAUCUGGCGCGUAUGGCUUUUUCGACCCUAAUGCCCUUGCAGCUACCCAAACGCAGGCACCAGACCUGUCCGCCCUCUCUAGACCCGCUCCCAUUCCUGAGCCAGAGCCCGACGAGUCACCGGCACCCCCCACACCACCCCGAGCCCGAAUGACCUCCCAGGUGGCCUCCCAACCUCUGACCAUGCCCGCCCCCAACCCUAGCCCAUCGCAUCUCUCCCAAGACCCCAUCUAUGCCACCGUCGCCGAUCCUCACGAACCAAUAAAUCCAGCCCUGACUUCCCCGGCCCCAGAUUCAGCCUCGGCCCAACCCAGCUCUAACCUGGUGCCAAAUGGGCAUCCUGCCGAGCCCACCCCCGGAGCCCCAGGCCGCGCUGACAGGCAAACGACCAACUCACCGUCGCCCAGCACGCCCCGUUUCAUGGAUCCUGGUGCCCCCAGUCCAGUAACCCCGCAUACUGAAGCACUUUAUGCCUCCCCUCUUCCAGCCACACCUCCACCGCAACACGAGCCCAUUCCCGCGUACAGCCAUUCCCCCGCGCCUCAAGUCCAAGAAUCGACUUGUAGCACACCGGUCGUGCAAACUGACCCGCCCACUACCACGCCUGAAGCCGUGUCAUCCGCUGCCAAUCCCAACACGGCUGAAGCCAGCCAUGACCCCGCUUCGUCGGUCGCUGCGGAUGCUUCGUCUGAGCCACCCACGCUUGCAGACGCUGUCAAGCAUGGUGAUGCCACCAUUACUGCCGGUAGCAGCCAUGUUGAAGCUCAUGCAAGCACCGACACGAACCAAGGUGAAGAUGAUGCAGUUGCUGAAGAGGCUGAAGAGGAUGCAGUCGCCGACGAGGAUGCAGUCGCCGACGAGGAUGCAGUCGCAGACGAGGAUGUUGUCGCCGAUCUGGAUGCCAUUGCGGAUGCAGCUCUUGCCGAGGACGAGCAGCCCGAUGACAAGCCAUUUCUAGUCACCACCACUACCAUUAACAAUGAAAAGCCACCGAAUGGCCCCCUCACCACGUCGCCUCCCCACGAUGAUCACUCGGCAGACCUCGUGCGGAUGUCCACCGACAACACGCGCCCCGCGUCUGAGCACGUUUUGGAGUCGCCGUCUAAAGCCCAUGCCGAGCCAGAGCCGCAGUCCGAGCCACAAACAGAGACCCUCAAGACAGAGACGACGCCGACGACGACGCCGACGACGCCUGUCGACCCACCCACAGUCCCUGGACCCGAACCUCCUGCCGACCACGCCUCAACUGAGCAUUCUUCCGAAAAUAAAGCUGCAACAGCCGCAACUCCGACGGCAGAGACUGCGACCCAAAAUGUUGUUUUGCGUCGGACACGCACUGCCCCGCCCUCAGCCUCGGCCGCCAAUGCCGCCCCCGCCAAUGUGGCAGCAGCCGAAAGCCCUGAUAUGAUUGUUUCACGUCGUGGUACCGUCGUGGGCAAACGAGGUUCCAUCGCUGAUCUGCGUGCUCGCUUCACGCAAAGGAUCGAAGAAGCAGGCACCGUCUCCACCCCGCCACCAAAUCGCAAUGCUGCUCGCAAGCUACAAGAAACCGACGACGCCUUUGUCUCGCGCCGCGGCUCAGUCAUGCUGCAAAAAGGCGUUGUCAACAAAUGGAAGGGCCUCUUUCACCGCAAAGCCCAUAACCUGGUCAAUGGGCCCUCGCUUGCCGAGGAACUUGCCGAGAAAGAACGGGAACAGGGUGAGCGCCUGGGUGGCAAGCUUGUGGUAUACACCACAAGCGGUUCCACCGUUCGCGAAACCUAUGCCGACUGCCAGAAAGUCUUGCGAAUCUUGCAAGGUCAUCGAUUCAAGUUUGAAGAGCGGGACGUGCUGCUCCAAAAGGCGUAUCACCGUGAACUUUGUGAGCGGCGGUCCAAAGAUGCCACCGUUCCGCAGGUUUUUCUCAACGGCAAAUACGUGGGCAACGCAGACGCGAUUGAGAAAAUGAACGAGAACGGCAACCUCGUCAUGCUCCUGAAUGGCGUUCCACGUUAUGCGCAGGGUGAACGGCCCUGCGAGACGUGUGCAGGCCGAGGCCUUGUCAUUUGCGAUUGGUGUGGAGGUGGCAAGAGCAGUGUCAAAUCACGCUUCGGACAAGAGCUUGUCAAGCUCAAGUGCACCGUGUGCAAUGAGCUUGGCUUGCAGCGCUGUCCAGACUGUACGUCGGAAACCUCUGAGGCAUAGCCAAUCUUCUUAAGAGCCAAAAUGCCGGGCCUUUCUAUCUUAAUUAUCAUGUCAGGCGGUGUCCCCGGUGCCGUUUCUGUUUUUUUUUUCUUUGCGUCGAGGUACAGCAAUAAUUGACCUGCUAAGUACGCGAUGUCGGCGACAAAGCUGCUUACGAUCCUUCAA